ACCUGUGCGCGGUGCUGGUUGUGGGUUAGUUAAGUGUGGCGCUAGUAAAUAGUAGCAGGGCUCAAAUAAGCGCAGCAUAAAAGGCGGUGCGCGCACGCGACUUAUCAUUGCUACAAGCACACAUAUAUACUUUUUUGUGUGAAUUUUCGUACGUUUCCUAAAUUGUGCAUAUAAAUAGUAAUAACAGAAGACUUUUCGGUCAACAUUUUGCUGUGUUUUCGUUCGACGCAGAGACAAAUCAAGAUGGCAUCACAACUACGUUAUGCUUGCGCGGCCUUGACCUUCAUGGCCAUAGCCUCUCUCGUGCUCGCCUUCACCGAUACAAACGCCGCGGAAUAUGAAACGGCGGGGCCAGCAGUGCAACAAGCUGCUAGCAGUUACAAUUAUUUCCGUCUGCCAAGAUCCGUGAAACCACAAAAAUACACGCUACACGUGAUCACACACCUCGAGAAUCCCGAAAACUUAACAUUUGUAGGUGAGGUCGCCAUGCAUUUGAUCGCAUUGGAGGACACAAGCAACAUCACGCUGCAUGCGCUCAAUCUCACCAUAAAUAGUAACGAAAUUAUUCUGCGCAAUCUGAUUGCCAAGGAGAGCGAACAGAAGAAUUGUGUGCGCUCCACAGAGGUGAACAGUUACCAUGACUAUUAUAUAAUGCAUUUGUGCGAACCCCUGCGCAGGGGAGAGGAAUACAUACUCACCAUACCGUUCUCGGGUAUAUUAAAUUUGAAUUUGCGUGGCUACUAUCGUAGUUCGUAUGUGGAUCGUGCGAGCAAUCAGACAAAAUGGCUUGCGGUUACACAAUUUGAACCGGCGUCGGCGCGUCUAGCAUUCCCCUGCUUUGAUGAGCCCGAUUACAAAGCGAAAUUCGUUGUUAUACUCGGACAUCACAAUAAGUACACGGCCUUGAGCAAUAUGCCCCUUAAAGAGACACGUCCUAUGGCUGAUAAAAAGGAUUGGGUUUGGAGCGAAUUCGAAGAGUCGGUGCCUAUGUCGACAUACCUGGUCGCCUAUACCGUUAACGACUUCGCCUAUGUCAAUUCGGAAACCAGUUUGAAGAAUAAAGUGCAAUUCCGCACCUGGGCACGCCCUGAUGCCAUCGAUCAAUGCAACUAUGCCGCCGAUGUGGGACCAAAGGUGUUGCAAUACUAUGAAGAUAUUUUCAAUAUCAAAUUCCCACUGGAUAAAAUCGAUGAGAUCGCUAUACCCGACUUUAGCGCCGGCGCCAUGGAGAACUGGGGCCUGGUCACCUAUCGUGAAACUGCAUUACUCUAUGCGGAGAAUGUGUCUUCUUUGGAAAAUAAACAACGUGUCGCUUCAGUCAUUGCGCAUGAACUGGCUCAUCAAUGGUUUGGCAAUCUGGUCACAAUGAAAUGGUGGCAGGAUUUGUGGUUGAAUGAAGGUUUCGCCACUUAUGUAGCUAGUUUGGGUAUUGAACACAUCAAUCCCGAAUGGCGUGGUUUGGAAAAGGAGUCGGUCGACAAUACUUUGGCUAUAUUUAAGCUUGACGCGCUCAAGAGCAGUCACCCAAUUUCGCAGGAGAUCACACAUACCAACAAAAUUGCCGAGAUCUUUGACUCUAUCUCGUACAAGAAAGGCUCCACCGUUUUACGCAUGAUGCAUCACUUCCUCGGCGAUGAGGCAUUCCGCUCCGGUUUACAUUAUUACCUCAAGAAACACGCUUACGGCAAUGCUGAGCAAGAUGAUCUAUGGUAUGCACUCACCGAAGCAGCUCACGAAUUCCGCACACUGCCAAAAGCUUUCGAUAUCAAGACCAUUAUGGAUUCAUGGACCUUGCAAACCGGCUAUCCAAUAAUUACAAUAACACGUGAUUACGAUCGUAAAUUGGCCAAGGUCACACAGAUUCGUUACCUACUCGAUACAUCCGCUUCACGGGAAGCCGAACAUAGUUGCUGGUGGGUGCCCUUGAGUUUUACGACUCAAAACGAGAUUGACUUUGGUGCAACUACACCUAAAAACUGGCUGCAAUGCAAUGAAAUGAAUGAGCCGGUAACUCAGACUCUUAAGGAUCUGCCUGAGGCAAACGAAUGGAUCAUUUUCAAUGUACAAAUGUCCGGUUUGUAUAAAGUAAAGUAUGAUGAACGCAAUUGGAAUAUGUUAAUCGACACUUUGACCAGCGAUGAUUACCGGAAGGUACAUGUUAUCAAUCGCGCACACCUCAUCGAUGACGCUUUGACCUUAGCCUGGACCGGCGAUCAGGAUUAUGACAUCGCAAUGCGUCUGAUUGAGUAUUUAGUACGUGAACGCGAGUAUAUUCCAUGGAAAGCAGCUUUGGAUAAUCUGCGUGACGUGAACAGAAUUUUGCGCCAGACUCCAGAGUACGAGUACUUUAAGCUUUUCUUCACUAAAUACAUGCGCAAGAUACUCUCCCCCAUUUACCUGUACCUCGGCGGUUUGAAUGUGACUGAUGAAAUUAAAGCGGCACCGCAUACCAUACUCCACAAAGAGCUCAUUGCCAACUGGGCCUGUCGCUUCGAAGUCGAAGAUUGUAUACCAAGUGCACAGCAAUAUUUCAAACAUUGGCGUGCCGUAGACAACCCCGACGAAUACAAUCCCGUACCGAAGGAUCUGCGUUCAGUCAUCUACUGCACAUCUAUACGUCAUGGCAACGAAGAUGAUUGGCAAUUCCUUUGGGCGCGCUAUAAGAACUCGAACGUGGCAGCUGAGAAGCGUACUAUAAUCUCAGCUUUGGGUUGCUCACGCGAAGUUUGGAUCUUGCAACGCUAUUUGGAAUGGGCAUUCGACAGCGACAAACAUAUACGCCGACAGGAUUCAACUUUCGCUUUCGGCGCUGUGGCACAUGGUGAAGUUGGCUUCCACUUAGCGCGCGAUUAUCUAAUUGCCAACAUCGAUUUCCUGCACGAAUACUUUGAACCGAAUGGCUCUGAAUUGCGUCGUCUCCUCUCGCCUAUCGCAAGCCAAAUGAGCAGUCAGCGUGAGUAUGAGAGGAUGAGUGCAUUCUGUGAAGAGAACAAACAACUUUUGCGCAAGGUCGAACAGGGUGUCCAACAGGCUUUGGAGACGAUCAAAAUCAAUGCACAGUGGAAGGAGCGCAAUUACAAUGAAAUUUCACGUCGUCUGCGUAGCCGCCUAACUGUGGACGAGUUUUAAAAGAUGCAAUAACUCAAGCUCGUCUUAGAACGUAGCAAUAAAUAUUAUGUAUUAGUUUUAUGUGCUCCCUCGUGGAAGCUUUUACGGCAUUAUUAUUUUUUAAUAUACACUGGAUUCAUAUUUUUUAUUUAAGAAUAUCACCAGCUCAUGAUGUUUGAAGGCGACGUAAUGUGUAUGUGAACAAAAUAUUUAAGUGAACAGAAUUUCAUAUAUUUCCGAAAAUAAAAAUCAAUAAAA